UUAAAAUUAAAACGAACACAUUUUUAAAAAGCCAUAAACAAAUCGUCGUAAAAAUUCGUACAAUUAUAGCGCGCGCCAAUAUUGCUCCAAUUCGGCAAACGGCUUAGCAACAAAUGCACUGAACAACAACAAAAACAACAACAAUAACAACAGCAACACCAAUAACAAGAACAACAAUAAACGGCUCGCAAUAUAGAAAGCAAACAAUCAAAUACAAAUAAUCAACUUCAAUAGCGACAACAACAACAAACAACGCCAACAACUACAGCACGGGAUUAAAAUCCAGCUAAAACAACAACAACAACAACAGCAACUACAACGAGCACAACAACAAAUGUGGUGGGUGCAUUGUGAUUAACAAGUCACAUCAUCAAAUACCUUCACACACACACACACACACUGCCAGACGCACAAACAGCUAUCGGCACAACAACACGCAAAGCGGAAAGACGGUGACCCUGGAGCAUGUCAUCCAUUUUCAGCAUGAUUCAACUGCAGACAAGACAAACGGCCAAAUGAAUCACUUGUCGCGCAAAGAAAGUAAGCUUCAUUAAGGAGUCGAUAAGAACAAGAGUCGAAAUCAAAGUGCCUGAUAAAAACGCCCAAUAAAUUGGAUCCUUUACCAACUCCCCAGCUGACGGAGUCAAAGCAAAUGCAACUGCACAGAAUUAAGAACGGCAUGGCACACUUUUGCUGGUAUCAUAAAUUGGUAUUCCUGCUGUUGAUGUUGUGCUGCGGCUAUACGCGGCCAGCCCCUGCACCUGUUCCCGCCCCUGCCCCGGCACUGGCAACGGGUCGUCAGAGUGAGCUCAUUGCGGGCAAUGAGUUUCUCAAGCUGUUCCUCGAUCACGACGAACAGCAGCGCAGCCUGCACAGCGAUGAGGAGCUCGAGGCACCCGCUGCUGGUCGCCUGAACAAUGCCAGAAGCUUGGAGCACAAGACGCGCUACCGCAACGCAAAUGCGCAGCAUCAGACAGAUGCCGAUGGCAAGCAGGUUGUCAAGUUAGUGACCACAGGCAGCAAGAUUGUCUUUCUAGAGGAUGCGCCCGCAGCAUCAACCAGCAAGCCAAAGUCCAGCGAAGAGGUCAAGGUGGUGGCUGUCAGCGUCAGCUCCUCCAGCAAGCGUGGCAGUCGCAUUAGCCGGACGCAGCCGCCAGCCUUCAAGCCACCUGCCACGCAAUCCCAUUCCCAGUCCCACAGAAGCAGCGCACCGAGUGCAAUCGGCGUGGACUUUGUCAAUCGCUCGCACAAGAGCGAACUGUCCAUUGAGGAGACGGAGCCACGCCUGGCCGCCGAUGUCAUGGAUGUCGAGAGCGACUCGCUGAACAGCGCCUCCAAUAUACAAAAUGUUUUGGCUGCACCAUUGCUGGCGGCAGCAACCUCCAGCCGCUCCAGUUCGGUGGCGUUUCGAGGCGCUGCUGCUGUUGCUGCGACUGGGCGAAAUGCCACUCGCAUAAAUCAGAGAGCCAACGAUGCGGAGGCGGUGUCUGAGGCAAACACUCAUGAGUCUGUUGCGGGUGAUGACAAAUUGCUGCCGUUCCAGACGGUGAUCUAUCACGACACGAAGCAGGGCCAUGGACCCCAGUCAAGAUCAAUAUCAUACAGCUCCAUAUCGCAGAACGUGGAUGAUCUCCAUGUGCCGGGCGGCUGGCAUCAUUCAGCCGGUAUCUUGGCGGAGGCACAGCGCAACGUGAGCGACAGCCUCAAGCCCAUGCCACGUCUCACCUCGGAGCCGUCCAAGUUCUAUUCCGUGCCAUCGAAAAUGUACAGUGUGCCUUCCAAGUUUUACUCGGAGCCAGCUAAGGUCUACUCAGAGCCGGCAAAGAUGUAUGGCCAGCCAGAGAAGGUAUAUUCGGAGCCGGCCAAAGUCUAUGGACAGCCGUCAAAGUUUUACUCAGAGCCAGCGAAAGUAUACUCGCAGCCAGCUAAGGUCUAUGGUGAGCCCGCCAAGACCUACUGGCCGCAUACUGUUACAACCGGUACCGGUGUCACUCUCGGCACGAACAGCUCGCCCACCACAACAGGCGCUACAUUGACAGCGGCAACAACAGCAACGCCAGCAACUGUGCCAACGGGCCCUGCUCCCACCACCUUUGUGCCCUCGCGUCGGCCAGCAAUUGUCUCGCGGAUUGCAUUCGGCGAGGCGCAGACGACAACGACAACAACAAGCAGAUCCAUGGAAUCCCAGACGGCAACGAGCAGCACGCUGCCCACCGUUAGGCCAAGCACUUGGCACCACCAUUAUCACAGUGGUCAUAAUCAUCAUCUGCACCAGCAACAACAGCAGCAGCAGCACCAACAACAACAGACUGCACUGAGUGCGGGCAAUUCGCAGCCGCGUCGUGUACUCUUCAAUUUGGAUAAAUUACCUUAUGAUUUAUUGAAUGCACCGCAACCGCAGCCAGCGCGCCAUCUAUUGGAGCCAAUUUUAUCAAAGAGUCCAAGCACAAGCGACUACCAGCAACAGCGGCAGCAUCAGCAUCAGCAACAUCAUCGUCCAUGUUGGGAACAACAGCAACGUCAGCAUUCAUCACUGUCGCUUCAACAUUCUAAUCAAAAUGCCAAAGGAUUGCCCAAUAGAGAUCUAGUCAAGUGUGUUUCCAAAUUUGCACACCAACAUGCAUCGCCCGCAGCAGCAUCCGGCAUUAGCGCCUAUUCAUACAGUUCCAGCUCCAGCAGCUCAUCAUCCUCAUCCUCCGCUGUUGCCGCAUCGCCAGUUGGCGAUGCGACCAUGUUGCCACACUUUACAACCGAACGCGCCGAGCUUUACACACCGACCCCAGAGCAGAAUUACGAAAUUGAAGAGUCCGUAAGUGUUAUGACAAACGGACGAGCCCAUGGAUUGCAGGGUGUCAGCAGCAGCAGCAGCAGCAGCGGCGGUAGUGGCGCACUGGUCACAGCCACAACACCAGCCAGUCCAGCAACCACAACAUCAACAACAUCCAAUGGAGCAGCGACAACAACAACGCAACACGGUCGCAAUCGCGGCAUAGACCGGGGACGCGGUUCGGUGGUGUACAACGCCAACGCAAAUGCCAACGACUAUGAUGGUGUUGGUGACGGUGGCGAUGAAGAUGCUGAGGGCAGGGGCAGCACAGAUGAGUCAGAUGAAGAUAAAGUUGCCUAUGUGGUGGAGGGACGCAACUAUCGCAAGUAUCGCGUCGAGGAGAAAACCGACGACGGCUUCAUCGUUGGCGAAUAUGGCGUCGUGGACCACAACGAUGGCAACCUAAGCGGUGUGCGUUACACCGCCGACUCGACCAUUGAUCGCAGCUUGAUACAAAAGGCGUUGUUGACAUUUCUGAAGCUCAAGUAGUUGAAGCCACAGCUGUACUGCGGCAACUCUCGAGCUGCCCGAGCUGACCCAGCUGCCUCAGCUGCCUCGAUUGGCUCGGCUGCCCAGCUGCCACAGCUGCAGCGGCAAUUCAUUUCAUACACAUGUGAUCCAAGUCGUAUUGUAGUUAGCGUAGCUUAAAUUAAUAUAAACUAGCCUUCAUUUAUACAAUCACAAUGACAUGAGCUGAAAGUUGUAAUCGAUAGUUGGAUAAUCGAUUUGAUGAGAAUUACAGUUAGUUUGAGUGAAAGGAACAUAUUGUUGAGCUGAUUGAUCUUUUAGCCAUCGUAACAUUCCAGACAAAUUUCAAGUGCUUUCUCCAGUUAAUCGAGCUUUUUCAUAUGAAGCACAAGCUAAAAGGGUUUCAUUAUCUUCACCAGUCGAAAGCACAAUUUCAUCCUCAAGUGCAACAUUCAUGUGCUUGCAACUGUUAGACGACCUUUCAGCCUUAAAUAGAAUCGUUGGAAACUUUUACCAGUAAGACUUUGAACGUAGCUUACACGUACUGUUAGGGUUGAAAAAGCUGCUUAAGUAUAAAAGCCAUGCAACAGCUUGUAUUGAGAAGCUGAAGCUAAUCACUUUUUAUCAAGAUUAAUCCUAUAUUUGAAUACCAACUUCAGCCAGUGUCUUUGUGACAUAAGUAUUCUUAGUUAGAUUGUCAACCCACGGCCACGACUCUCUGUCCUACUUUAUCCUACAUUCCCCUACAGCAAGUGUGCGUGUAUUUUGAAUGUGUGUGUGUGUGCAUGCUUAUGUGGCUGUAAACGAAUUUGUUUUAUGCUUAGUUAAUGUUUUAAUUAAUUUAUUGUAGUUGUUGGUAUUCUAAUUUAAUAUAAUGUAAUUUAAACUUUACACCUAAACUGAACGAACCGCAAAAUUUUACCUAGCAACUUGCCAUAAUUUACUCAUAUAACGAACGUGGCCAAGCUCUAACGAUUUGGCCCAAAAGCACGUACGCACCUAAAUGCAUAAACUAUCCUAAUUAGAGCCUAAGUAACUUGCAAUGUGAAAAAUUACAACAAAAAAAUAUAUAAAAAUAAAAAAUAAAUCGAGUGAAUUAAUAAAGAGCACUAAACUGAAA